AUGUCUGUGUUCCUCCGUUUUCGCAGCGUUGCUGUUGGAUCGGCUGCUGGUACCCCCAGUGCGGAAUCCUACAUGUACAGGGUCAUUGGUGCGAAUGCUAGAUGCACAGGCUCAUCGGUGCGAACCUUACAUGCACACUACAUGCACACUCGUUCAGCACAGACAAGUCCCAGACCCAGACAGCACCAGACCAGACAGACCAGAUCAGACCAGACAGACCCCAACCUAGAUAUUAGCCACAAAGUGAAAACCACCCCACCGAUCACGAAACAGCAUACCACCCUGCGCACCAUCAUUCCCACGACUAACCUGUCUCUCAAGCACCCAGUCCCCCUCAUUACUAUCCCUAUACUGCUCGAUAGGACCAAGACGACUCAUCUCAGCAUGUACAUCUCCGCCGCGCGCACUCAGCGAAGGAUACCGCACGUACUCGCUGAAGCGGCUGUAUCCAAUGCUGCCGCUGCUGUCGCGGACAGGCAGCCGCAGCGCGGGAUCAGCGUGGAAGCGCGCGGCAAGCGGAGCCUCAAUCGAGCAACUACGCGGAAAGUCUCUGCAUACCAACAAAAAUCUCUAGUUCUACUUGACUUAGCUCUCUUCUACACCUACAUCCACUUGCACUCUAUGUACGUCAGCAUCGCAAUACUCAACCCCAGAAGUUCAGUAGAUACUGCAACCAGCCAGCUACACGGAAUACUGCUGCUGCUAGUACUCAUCCAUUCUACAUAG